CGAGGAGCCAGCUGUCAUCCCCACUGAUCAAGGUUUCACUAAACUGCACCAGACUUCCCAGCUGGGGACCCUGUCCCCUUCCCCCUUGUGCUACACAUUAGAUCUGGUGACACUCAGGAAAUGCUUGUCUCCUGCUGUUGGUGAAUAAUUUCAGAGUACUAUGGAUCAUGCUGAAGAAACUGAAAUCCUUGCAGCGGCCCAGAAGUACUAUGUGGACAGGCCUAUCUUUAGUCAUCUGGCCCUCCAGGAAAUACUGCACACCAAGGACAAGAUUCCGGAUUCCAUUGGGGAUAAGCUAAAACAGGCAUUCACAUGUACUCCUAAGAAAAUAAGAAAUAUCAUUUAUAUGUUCUUACCCAUAACUAAGUGGUUGCCAGCAUACAAAUUCAAGGAGUAUGUGUUGGGUGACUUGGUCUCAGGCAUUAGCACAGGGGUGCUUCAGCUUCCGCAAGGCUUAGCCUUCGCAAUGCUGGCAGCUGUGCCUCCGGUGUUCGGCCUGUACUCUUCGUUUUACCCUGUUAUCAUGUAUUGUUUUUUUGGAACCUCCAGACACAUAUCCAUAGGUCCGUUUGCUGUAAUUAGCCUGAUGAUUGGCGGCGUGGCUGUUCGCUUAGUACCAGAUGAUAUAGUCAUCCCGGGAGGAGUAAACGCAACCAACGGUACAGAAGCCAGAGACGCCUUGAGAGUGAAAGUCGCCAUGUCAGUGACCUUACUUGCAGGAAUCAUUCAGUUUUGCCUAGGUGUCUGUAGGUUUGGAUUUGUGGCCAUAUACCUCACAGAGCCCCUGGUGCGUGGCUUUACCACCGCCGCAGCUGUGCACGUCUUCACCUCCAUGUUAAAAUACCUGUUUGGAGUUAAAACAAAGCGGUACAGUGGGAUCUUUUCAGUGGUGUAUAGUACAGUUGCUGUGUUGCAGAAUGUUAAAAACCUCAACGUGUGUUCCCUAGGCGUCGGGCUGAUGGUUUUUGGUUUGCUGUUGGGUGGCAAGGAGUUUAAUGAGAGAUUUAAAGAGAAAUUGCCGGCACCCAUUCCUUUAGAGUUCUUUGCGGUGGUGAUGGGAACUGGCAUCUCAGCUGGGUUUAGCUUGCACGAGUCGUACAAUGUGGAUGUCGUUGGGUCACUUCCUCUGGGGCUACUCCCUCCAGCCAAUCCGGACACCAGCCUCUUCCACCUCGUGUACGUGGAUGCCAUCGCCAUAGCCAUUGUUGGGUUUUCAGUGACCAUCUCGAUGGCCAAGACCUUGGGAAAUAAACAUGGCUACCAGGUCGAUGGCAAUCAGGAGCUCAUUGCGCUGGGACUGUGCAAUUCCAUUGGCUCACUCUUCCAGACUUUCGCAAUUUCAUGCUCCUUGUCUCGAAGCCUUGUUCAGGAGGGCACUGGAGGGAAGACACAGCUUGCAGGUUGUUUGGCCUCGUUAAUGAUUCUGAUGGUCAUAUUAGCCACCGGAUUCCUCUUUGAAUCAUUACCCCAGGCUGUGCUGUCCGCCAUUGUGAUCGUCAACCUGAAAGGAAUGUUUAUGCAAUUCUCAGAUCUCCCCUUUUUCUGGAGAACCAGCAAAAUAGAGCUGACCAUCUGGCUUACGACUUUCGUUUCCUCCUUGUUCCUGGGGUUGGACUAUGGUUUGAUUACUGCUGUCAUCAUUGCGCUGAUGACUGUGAUUUACAGAACACAGAGUCCGAGCUACAAAGUCCUUGGACAGCUUCCUGACACUGAUGUGUAUAUUGAUAUAGAUGCAUAUGAGGAGGUGAAAGAAAUUCCUGGAAUUAAAAUAUUCCAAAUAAAUGCCCCAAUUUAUUAUGCAAAUAGUGACUUGUAUAGCAGUGCAUUAAAAAGAAAGACGGGAGUGAACCCAGCACUUAUUAUGGGAGCAAGAAGAAAGGCCAUGAAGAAGUAUGCUAAAGAAGUCGGGAAUGCAAACUUAGCCAACGCAACCAUUAUCAAGGCGGAUGGAGAAGUAGACGGGGAAGAUGCUACGAAGACUGAAGAAGAGGAUGAUGAGAUAAAAUUUCCCCCAGUAGUCAUCAAGACCACAAUUCCUGAAGAACUGCAAAGAUUUAUGCCCCCAGGGGACAAUGUCCACACUGUCAUUCUGGAUUUUACACAAGUCAAUUUUAUCGAUUCUGUUGGUGUAAAAACUCUGUCAGGGAUUGUAAAAGAAUAUGGAGAUGUCGGUAUUUAUGUGUAUUUAGCAGGAUGCAGUGCACAAGUUGUAAAUGACCUCACGUCAAACUUCUUUUUUGAAAAUCCCGCCUUAAAGGAGCUGCUGUUCCACAGCAUCCACGAUGCCGUCUUAGGGAGCCAGCUUCGCGAGGCGCUGGCUGAACAAGAAGCCUUGACUCCUCCGCCCCAGGAGGAUGCGGAGCCCAAUGCCACUCAGGCGGAGGCGUGAGGAACUCAGCCCGGGAUCGGGUAUGAGCCUCUUCCAAAACGACUAAUUUACACAUUUUAAAUACUAGACACGAGAUUUUUUUUUCUAAGAGUAAAUACGAGUAGUCGAGGCUUGAUUUGGAGGGUGAAUGACGCAUAGCAAGAUGUAUCUUACUUGUGUGGUUUUCUUUUAAUUGGCUAUUUCCAAGAUGAAUUGGCCUCUUACCUGAAUUUAUUGUGCAGUGACAUUUCUGUUACUUUUCAGUAUUAUCGUUGUCAGCUAAGCACUUAAGCAUUUUUCUCUUUAAGCACUUUACCUACAGAUCAGUUAUGCUGUCACCAGACAGGUAGUGUUCCUUGCUUUUGUACUUGUUGCCCUACAGACUUUCUGUAAUGAGAGUUAUUGAACAAAGGUGGCAUACCCACGGUUUUCUAGUUCUUCUUUUGAAAUAAAUAAGCUUUCAUUUUUACAGAUGCAAUAUAAGUGCAUUACAGAAAAACAGAAAAGCAAAAAUGAGAAAAUAAAACAUGAUACUGCCACCAAAAAAUAUCACUAACAACUUAAUGCAUAUCCUUCCAUAUCUUUAUGAAUAUAUAUUUAUAUCUUUUAACCAAAAUAAGAUCAUACGCCACACAAUGUUCUGUAACCUAUUUUCUUCCAUAAACAAUUUCCAUUUUCUCAUUCCAGAACAUUUUUACCAUACUCAAAUUUACCCUACUUGUCCCCAAAUUUGUAGUUGGUUUGUCCAAACUAGUAUCUAUUCUAUGACCUUCCACUAUAACUGAUCAUGUCCCUUUAAAUCCUUUUAAGUCUAGCUAGCACAGUCCCUUUUUUUUUUUAAUGACAUUGACUCGUUAAAGAGACUGGGGAAGUUGUCCUGCAGAAUCCCAUAUUGCUAACAUGUCUACUUGCUUUCUUAAGGUGUUAUUUAGCUUGUCCUUUUAUAUCCUGAACCACCUGUGAUCUAGAAGUUAUAUCUAGAGGCCUCAUGGAUUUGAAAAAAAAAUUUUUUUUGCUAGAAUAUAUCAUAGAUGAGACACAUGCUUUAAAUUGUAUCACAUCAGAAAACACAUCACAUCUAGUUGACCCUACCAUUCAAUGCUAAGAUAAAUCUACUAACAGUCUAAUCCCCUCAAUUACGUUUUCACCUUUGUGACUAGGAAGUUAUCACCAUGGUGUUCCUUUGGCAUCUAAUGAAUUCCCAGUUCCCCAUGAGCCAUUCACCCAGGGGUUUUAACAUCUGGUGAUAAUACUUGCCUAAAUCAGUAAAUGCUCAGGUUUGUGAUUUUUUUUCCAAUUUUCAUAUUCCUUCUGCAUUUAUUAGUUGGUGUUUCUAUGUAAACUAUAGCUUUCCUUCCUUAACUUGAGCUAUUUAGUCAUCCUUAAAUACAGUUCUUACUAGAAAGGCAAGUUUAUUUUUCCCUUUUACUAUUAACUUCAAAAAAGUUGGUUUAACCCUGACCGGUUUGGCUCAAUGAAUAGAGCAUCAGCCUGUGGACUGAAA